CGCUCACCCUCUAUCCGCGACCGGAGAAAGGCUGAGAGCCCGUCUGCAGCAUCACGAACCGAAGCGAUCCAUCUAACCACUCUUCUACGACGACCAACACAGCAAGACAACGGAAUCCCCUCGAACCCCCUAACCAGCCCCUCCUUCCAUUCCUCGCCCCUUUCGGCUUGGGACGCCAUACGCGCGAACCCGUCCUUCGCUUCCACCCCCCACCCUCCUUCCUUUUUUCUUAAGAAGAAAAGAAAAGAAAAACACAGGAAACGUUCCGUCACCAUGUCCGUCAUCCGCGAAGUCACGGCGGCCUCCAUGACCGACGCCUGGCGCACGAUCGACAUCGACGCGCUGCAGGAGGACUCGUCUGUCAACUUCGACACGUCGACGCUGCACCCGCCGCUACCGGAGGUCGGCGAGGCCGAGGUCCGCGCGCUCGCAGGGCAGGUCAGGCAGCUGCUGCGCGGGGGCGAUGCCGAGGGCGCGCUGAGGGGCUGUCUGGAGAUGCCUGUGUACAACGGGCCGGAUCUCGCAAAGGACGCACAUCUGCAGACCGUCGUUGAGGUCCUGCAGUCCAUCAAGGCGAGUGAGAUGACGCCCAUGCUCCAGACCAUCUACGCCUCCGAGGGCGGCAGCGAGCUGCUCGACGUCCUCAUGAAGUACUUGUACAAGGGCAUGGCGUCGACGUCCGCGGCUGGCGCUGCCCCUCGCACACCGAACAGGGUCACGCCACAGGCCACGGGCUUCAGCCAGAUGGGGGGCCGUCCUGGCGCGGCGAAUGAGUCGGCCGGUGCUGGCAUGAGCGUGCUGUUGAGCUGGCAUGAGAAGGUGGUCGAUGUCGCCGGGCUGGGCUGCAUAGGACGGGUGAUGACAGACUGGCGGAAGGUGUAAGGCGAGGAGGGGGCAAUGAUGAUGAUAGUAGGUGAUCUUCGUCACCUGACGGCGAUGAGAAGCGCCGGGAUCGAGCCGCUUUGCUUGCUUGCAGUUCCUGAUGCCAUAUUGUUCAAAUAAAAUUUUCCAUAUUC